AUGUCUGUUUUCGACGGCGAAAUAGAAUACCGUACGGUCUAUAUGGUGGAUUAUGAAGUUAAGAAAAAACCUAAGAGUCCUCGUCGCAAGGCGGUUGACGACAACUGCCUCAUAGUAGGCGUGAGCCGGGACAUGCUGAAACCUAAAGACGAGACACAGAGACACCCUGACGUACUAUGUCCACUAUCUCGUGAAUACUACAAGAAGGCAGUCACAAGGUUCGCAGAAGAUUACCCGAAACUCACAAAGAAGUACAUGAAGAAAGACAUCGACCCGGUGCCCAUAGAGAACGAGAUUAAAGACCUAAAGAGGACUGAAUAUUUAACUAAAUACUGUUCUAGAGAUCUCCCAUUUAUGUCCGUAAACCUGACGCGUCGCGCGCGAGCACUCCAGACCCUGCGUCUGCCGGACGACGUGAUCAUACCAGACACCAGCCAGAGAGGAUCAUACCGUCCUCCUAAACCGGAGAAGUAUGCAGAGCCGCCUAAAAGCAUGUCUAUGAAACCACGAUUUGAUGAUUCCUUGCAAAAGGAGCUUCGUAGAAUCCUGAGAGUUAACACUGGCGAGACGACGUACGGCGCAUGUCACGGCUUGUUGGCUAAGGUGAUCUUGGAAAAGAAUCCCUUCGGCAAACCACGCAAGGAACCAAGAUAUGGACGAUGGAAGAACCCGUACAUGUUUACCUAUAGAAUAUGA